CAAACAUGUCUUUUAAUAUAGAUUGGGAGGGGAUAAUCCACUCGAACCUCAAUGACCAGCUCAAGCGUUUGAUAGACGACCAGUUUCAGAGCUUGGAGCUCCCGCCGUUCAUCCACAAUUUGUCCGUGCAAGAAUUCCAGCUCGGUUCUAACGCUCCUGAAUUGAUCAUCCGUCACAUCAGCGACCCAUUUCUGGAGUUCUACGAUGAUAUUGCAGAAGAAAAUGCUGAACAGGAGGAAGCUGGAAAAGACGUUGAAGAGGAGACUGAUAGCCCCACGCCUCAGGGCCACGCGGGGGCAAACUUGUCGCCGUUAUUGCUGCAAAUGUCGCUAGAGGAGGGCGAGGACUCGUGGGGCGGAUUUACCGCCACGUCUAUGAACCGACUCGCUGGAAGCAUGUCUCCGAUUCAUGGUGCUUCUGCGAACUAUGCCGUUCCGUCACUCCUUCUCGUGCGGAAUAACACCGUCGGGCUCGGGAAUGUCUAUCGGAAUGACUCGUCCUCCAGCGACGAAAGUCACAACGGACCAAUCCCUCUGAUAUCUUCCAGGUCCCAGGCCCCCAACUCCUUUAAACCCCUGUCUAGUCCCAAGCGCAACAAACAUGAUAAUGACAUUCAGAUUAUUAGCGAGCUCAACUAUGACGGAAACCUUGUCUUCCAGAUCAAUGUGGAAUUGCUCCUCAACUACCCGUCGCCUAACUUCAUCUCGCUCCCUAUCAAGCUCACAAUCACCGAGAUCACCAUCCACUGCAUUGCGUGUGUUGCGUAUCUCACCAGAGCCAAGCGCGCAUACUUCACGGUGCUCUGUGAUGUCGCGGACACGCCUGCACCCACGGGCGUGCCAAAUUCCGCCACGAACAGCGCGCUGCCCUCGCGCAAGCACUCAGAAACGAACAUGGGCCCGUCUGCAGAGUUUCCCUUCUUCCAGCGCGACUUUCAUACCGGUACCCCGGGAACCCCGAACACCCCCGGGGCCCACGGCUACUCACAGCACCACGGACCCCAGAGUGGUGCUUUCUUCCAGGGUUCGACGUUUACGCCAUCCAACGAGCGCUUGGACAUUUUGAAGAAGAUCAAGAUCGAAAAUGAGAUUGGGGAGAACAAUAAGACGGUGUUGCGAAAUGUUGGCAAGGUGGAGAAGUUUCUCGUGGAGAAACUCCGCGACAUUUUGCGUGAAGAGUUGGGCUGGCCGAGCUGGAUGUGCAUUGACAUGAAUGAAGAGGAAUAGAUAAAAUAAACAAAGUGUUUGCGACGGACGGGGAAAGGCGCUGUUUUCUACAGACUCAAAAGAGACACUUCUUUUGAAUUUGUUAUGAGCAUAACCCCACCAUCUUGCUUGGGCUCUGAAAUAUGAAAGUUACCUACGUGGGUUUCAACGAAAAUUGGUAUUGGUUUAUUUUAGUCCGAGAAGUGUGUAGAAAGGCACGUAUAGAUGAUUUGUGGGGACGAUAAUAAAUCUAGGUGACUUACAGCAAGAAGAUUGACUUAUAUACCUAUUAAUCUAAUCUUGAGAUGUGAACGGUCCUGCUCUGGUGUGAGGAUUUACUUUGCCAUAACUUCGUGCUUGGGCGCCAAUGAUAUUUGUCUCGUCAAAGGUUGGGAAUUUUUAAUAUUAAAUGCAAGCAGAUACUACCGAAAAG